GGCGGCAGGUAGCCUAGUGGUUAGAGCAUUGGACUAGUCACCAAAAGGUUGCAAGAUCAAAUCCCCGAGCUGACAAGGACUAGUUGGUUCAUGAACAAAUGAGGUCCCUGAAGGGAUCUAUCUACCUGCCGCCUGGAUAGAGAGUCACCUGCUCCCCUCCCGCGGAGACAGUUCAGCGUGAUCAACAGGUGUGCCGCUGCUCAGGUACCUCUGCUGGACCAUCAGGGCGAAGGCGCAGGGAGGGCCUAUGACUGAGGCAAAACCUUUUGACAGAUUAGAUAAGGGCAGAAUGAACCGAUGGGCGAGGGUGUUCAGGUGGCAUCGGAUGCAGAAAGAGGACAAUGAAGCAGAGGAGAGUAAAGAGAAGGGGAAAGAUGAGAAGAAGCUUCCGGCAAAGCCCAAAGUGAACUGGACGGAGUGGGUGGUUGACCCAUCAGAGGAGUUUUAUUAUGGAUGGCUCCAGGUCAUGAUCUUCCCCAUCUUCUACAACUGGAUCAUCAUCAUCUGUAGGACAUGCUUUAAGGAAAUAGAGGAUGAAUUCCUGACACUGUGGCUCACGCUGGACUACUGCUCCGAUCUCCUGUACGUGGCUGAUACCAUCAUCAAAUUUCGCACUGGUUUCCUAGAACAGGGUAUCCUGGUGCAGGACAGGGACCGUCUGAAGAAGCGUUACCUCUUCUCCUCACAUUUCCGGUUGGACCUGGCCUCCCUACUGCCCACUGACCUCCUCUAUCUGUACUUCGGCAUCCGCCAGCCGCUGGUGAGGGUCAACCGCUUCCUCCGUAUCUCCCGGCUCAACGAAGCCAUGGACCGCAUGGAGACCCGUACCUCUUACCCCAACACUUUCCGCAUCUCCAAGCUUAUGCUCUACAUCUUCGUGCUCAUCCACUGGAACGCCUGCAUCUACUUUGCCCUGUCCAGUUACAUUGGCUUCGGGGUGGAUCGCUGGGUUUACCCAAACAUCACCGACCCUAUGUUUUCCCCAGUGAGGCACCAGUACAUCUACUGCUUCUGGUUCUCUGCGCAGAUCUUCACCACGGUGGGCGACACGCCACUGCCCGACCGCGAGGAGGAGUACCUGUUUAUGAUCGCUGAUCUGCUGAUCGCCGUGCUGGUGUUUGCCUCCGUCGUGGGGAACGUGGGGAACGUCAUCACCAACCUCAGGGACCGAGACAACGUCUUCUUCCCCAACCACGAGCUGGUCAAAGGUUACCUGCGCAACAGGUACAUCAGCAAGGAGUUGCGUAACCGUGUCAACGACUGGUACCAGCACCUGUACAUCAACCGUAAGAUCACGAGGGAGAACGAGAUCCUGCAGCAGCUUCCUGUCCAGCUGCAGACGGAGAUCGCUGUGAGCGUACAUCUGCCAACGCUCUCCAAGGUCACUAUCUUCCAGAACUGUGAGACCAGUCUGCUGGAGGAGCUGGUGCUCAAACUCAUCCCGCAGGUGUAUAGUCCCGGGGAGUAUGUGUGCAGAAAGGGGGACGUGGGACAUGAGAUGUACAUCAUUAAGGAUGGGAAACUGGCUGUGGUGGCGGACGAUGGCAUCACACAGUUCGCUGUGUUGAGUGACGGCAAUUUCUUCGGGGAAAUUAGCAUCCUGAACAUCAAAGGAAACAAAUCAGGCAACCGUCGGACGGCCAACAUCCGCAGCAUCGGCCACUCAGACCUGUUCAGCCUUUCCAAGGAGGACCUGACAGACGUGCUGUCUGAGUUCCCAGCUGCCAAGCGACACCUGGAGGAGAAGGGUCGUCAGAUCCUCACUAAAAUGGGCAUGUUGGUGGAGGCCGCAGAAGGCGAGGAGGAGCAGGACCAGGAGAAGGUGGAAGUCAAGGUGGAGAGACUGGAGGGUAAUCUGAACACCCUGCAGACCAAGCUGGCCCGUCUAAUGGCAGAGCUGGAGUCCAGCAACCGCAAGAUCCUGGCCAGGGUGGAGCAAUUGGAGCUAGAGACAGAAGGCUGGGAGGACAACUCGCCUGAGGAGGGAGAGGGAGGGGAGGUGGAGAGAAGGGAUGGGGUGGGGAUGGAAGUUGAGGGGGAGCGAGGAGAGGCGGAGGGAGAGGACCAGGCAAAGGGGACUAAAAGAGAGAAUGAGGGAGAGAAGCACGCGAAAGAGACUAAAAGAGAGGAUGUGGGUGAGGGAAAGGAUGAAGGAUAUGGAGAGGAAAAAGGAGGAGAGGAAGGAGAAACAAAAGAGACUGAGAGAAGAGGACAGGAAGACAUGUAGAGGACAAUAAGAGAGAGGACAGGAAGACAUGUAGAGGGCAAUAAGAGGAAGGAAGACUUGUAGAGGACAAUAAGAGAGAGGAGGACAGGAAGACAUGUAGAGGACAAUAAGAGAGAGGAGGACAGGAAGACACAGAGGACAAUAAGAGAGAGGAGGACAGGAAGACAUGUAGAGGACAAUAAGAGAGAGGACAGGAAUACACAGAGGACAAUAAGAGAGAGGAGGACAGGAAGACAUGUAGAGGACAAUUAGAGAGAGGACAGGAAGACAUGUAGAGGACAAUAAGAGAGAGGACAGGAAGACACAGAGGACAAUAAGAGAGAGGAGGACAGGAAGACAUGUAGAGGACAAUAAGAGUGAGGACAGGAAGACAUGUAGAGGACAAUAAGAGAGAGGACAGGAAGACAUGUAGAGGACAAUAAGAGAGAGGACAGGAAGACUUGUAGAGGACAAUAAGAUGAUGAGGACAGGAAGACAUGUAGAGGACAAUAAGAGAGAGGAGGACAGGAAGACUUGUAGAGGACAAUAAGAGAGAGGACAGGAAGACAUGUAGAGGACAAUAAGAGAGAAGACAGGAAGACAUGUAGAGGACAAUAAGAGAGCGGACAGGAAGAUGUGUAGAGGACAAUAAGGGAGAUGAGGACAGGAAGACAUCUAGAGGACAAGAAGGUAGAUGAGGACAAGAAGACAUCUAGAGGACAAUAAGAGAGAGGAGGACAGGAAGACAUGUAGAGGACAAUAAGGGAGAUGAGGACAGGAAGACAUUUAGAGGACAAUAAGGUAGAUGAGGACAGGAAGACAUGUAGAGGACAAUAAGGGAGAUGAUGACAGGAAGACAUGUAGAGGACAAUAAGGUAGAUGAGAACAGGAAGACAUGUAGAGGACAACAAGAGAGAGGACAGGAAGACAUGUAGAGGACAAUAAGAGAGAGGACAGGAAGACAUGUAGAGGACAAUAAGGGAGAGGACAGGAAGACAUGUAGAGGACUAAAGACCAGGAGGGGAAGCAGGACUAAAGACCAAGAGGGGAAGCAGGACUGAAGACCAGGAGGGGAAGCAUGACUAAAGACCAGGAUGGGAAGCAGGACUAAAGACCAGGGUGGGAAGCAGGACUAAAGACCAGGAGUGGAAGCAGGACUAAAGACCAGGAGGGGAAGCAGGACUAAAGACCAGGAGGGGAAGCAGGACUAAAGACCAGGAGGGGAAGCAGGACUAAAGACCAGGAGGGGAAGCAGGACUAAAGAUCAGGAGGGGAAGCAGGACUAAAGACCAGGAGGGGAAGCAGGACUAAAGACCAGGACGGGUAGAGGAACAAAAGGAGAAAUAAGAUGUGGAGCAGUAGAGAGGAGGGAGGAUGACAGACAGGGAUCAAGAGAAGGGGAGAAUGGGAUUUGUGUGGAGAGGACUGCAAAAAAGAAUAGAACUAUACUUCAAUCUUGACAGGACUGCAAAGUGCUGACCAAUGUAUCACGAUGACAACAAGUUCCCGAACCCUGAUUGGUUUGAAUGGUGUCAGCAAUUUUUACAUCGUGUUCUUUUGAACUUAACCACGUGAAUUGAGGGUGUUUGGAGUACUAUAUAGAUCAUUGAACACAACUAUAUAGAACAUUGAACACAACAAGUCAAUAACUAGAUUUUGAAAUUUGAUAGAACCUUAUAGUUCCAAACUUUUGAUAGGCUACCACUAUUCAAUUAUCACUUUAAUACUUAAAUGCUGAAAAUUAGCUACAAUAGUUUUACAGUUAAAAUAGGAUGUUUACAUCCACUUAGGGUCAAUAAAAGUCAAUUAAACUUGUUUUUCAACCACUCCACAAAUUUC